UCUCUGCGGCUACAAGUCAGGCAUUUUCAUUCGACUGCAGUCUCUCGGAUUUUCGUCGCGGAUGGUGCGUUGAAUAUCGUCGUCGUUUGGUCCGAUUAUCGGAAAUAUCAGUGUCAAAAUUGUAUAAAGAUGAUCGCCAAGCUCUAGCGAACAGUUAGUGGAUGAAGAUUGUGUCGAAAGUACGCUUUGAAGUGCGUUUCGCAAUCAAUACGAAAAAGUGGCAAGCCCUUGUGAAUGUUUUGAGGUGAAAAUUGUGUUCUGCCGCAGAAGACAGCAGCAGCUGUAUCAUCAAACGGAUUAUCGUGCUAAAAAUAGUUAUUUAAUCCAUAUCGGUAAAUCUGGCAUCCGCUGCUGAAAUCAAUUGAGGAAAACAGCAUCGAAAAGAAGAUAAACGAGUGUAAAGUAAACCAUUCUGCAGAAAGGAGCUGUGUCUACAUCCUAGUUAAAGCGUGAAAGAGCUCUCGUGUGCCAAGAGGGAAUAAAAAUAGGCAAGUGUUUAUUCUGCAAGUUGCUGUAAAAAAAAAACGCUGUGUUUGUGUGCAAUUAGCGCUUGUCUGGGGCUGUUGAGUUUGUUUGGUGGCGAUGGAUGAGCUAUCGGAGGCAGAGCUGCGUUAUUACAAUGACCUGUUCAAGAUCUGCAGCGAGUCGUCGGAUGGCAGCGGGAAGAUCCCAGCUCUGAAGGCGACAUCACUCUUCCGAUCUGCCAAUCUAUCCAAUGAAGUUAUUAACAAGAUAACUUCCCUAGUUGGGAUUCCACAAACUGCGCUUCAUCUAUCCCGACAACAGUUCUACGGAUGCCUAAAGCUAAUAGCGGCCUAUCAAGCGUCGGUACCUCUCCGGGAGGAGAUACUAACGUCUACAAUGAACCUCCCACUACCACAAUUUAGUUGGAUAGACUCACCGACCGGACUUCCCCCUUCGAUCGGAGGUGCAUCUUCAACCGAUAUAAUAAACUCUUCCAGUGCCAUGACCGAGCGAAACGGAUACAAGGAAGUAAAAAAUAGUAGGGAUCUUAUCGAGUUGACGGCCGCCAGCAGCGGUAGCUCUCGAGAGCGAGUGGAUGCGGCCUCGAACAGUGGUGAUAUGACCAACUCGGAUCAACCGAGCACCGAUUCCGAAGUGGAACCUAACGAUGAUUCCAUGUUGCGAUCAGCCGAACGACACCAUGCGGGUGGUGGAGCAAAAAGCCAUGGUGGAAGCAAAACGUCAAGAGGAGCCGUCGGCGGAAAUAGCAGUGGCGUCGGCGGAUCUCCCGAAGCAUGGAGCACUGCUAGUGAUAGUCCAACGCCAACUAACAGUGUGGCGGAAAGGCCUUGGGCAAACCAGAACCUCUGGCAGGGGCUGGUCUGCGAGGAACAACGGCAGCUAUUGGGAACGGAAGAGGAGUCUUCCGAUCGACACAGCAGUGAUGAGGAUCAAGAAGUCGAUCUGGAGUAUUUUUACCAGAUUUCGCAAACGCAGAAAGAGUACUAUUUGAAGCAGUUUCGUACUAUACAGCCCGAUGUUCACGGGUUGGUCAGUGGACAAGUAGCCAGAGUAUUUUUCGAAAAAUCCCGCAUUCCAAUUGAAGAGCUUCGUCACAUUUGGCAAAUGUGUGACGUGACGCGUGACGGAGCUCUGAACCUAGCAGAAUUUACGGCGGCUAUGCACUUGGUUGUCCUACGGCGGAACAAUAUCCCGGUUCCAGCCACGCUUCCACCUUGCUUGAUGCCCACGCUGUUGCAAAAUUCUUUAUUUACCGGUAGCGGAGGAAGUGGAGCACUGCAAAAUCAGCUCAGUGGUGGAUCAGCCGGAGGUGUUAGCACGGGGAGUACGACGGGAACGGACAAGGACAGAACGGAUCCGGAGGAAGCUGAUUUGUUGCACUUGGAAAGCGACGAUAACACAGAUAGUCAGAGUAGAGCGAACCCGGAGGCCAAGGAUUAUCAGCGUAUUAUUUCUCACCCUGAACCUCUGAAGCUGGCUCAUCAGUCUUCUAGUAAUAACACAACAUUGGUCUCAGUCGGCGGAACGGAUAGUCCACCGACGGUAACUUCUACAACAGGCAGCUCGAAGAUAAUCAACAUGGCUAGCGGAAGAAAGACGCCUACGAGCUUGGUGUCACCUCCAAACAAUCAGCCCAAGCAGAAGCCCUCGAACGAACUUCCGGCUACGCCUCCUAAUGCUUUAAGUAAUAAUAAGGAUUGGAAUUCGGCUAGCAAAGAGUGGACCAAAUUCACCGAAUCUCCUACUUCUAACGUGUCUAGUCCAGGACCUAAACCGGUCAACUUCGAUAUGCAGCGUACAACGCAGGCAAUAGUGUCCGACCCUCAAAUUCUACACCCCGUACCAUUACGCGUUACUCCCGUUGGCGCAGAAGCAGCUGACAAUAGUAAUCUAGUCUUCAGUGAUGUGACUGUCGGGAGUGGCGGCAUUCUUAUAGUGCAACGGGAUGACUCCAGUCCAAAGCAGCUACAAGCGCAAAUUGUGCAGCAACUACCGCAGCCGGUAGCGCAUCCAAAUCAACGAGAUUCACUAACGAGUAGUGAUCUAAGAGCGAUUCAGCGACCCCAGCCGAAGAAGCCUCCCUCGAAGGGUGUCGGAGCCAUCCCUCCCCCGCCUCAGCGGGAACCCAGCGUUACUUCAUCGUCCGGUGGUACCGCCGCUGGUGUAGAUUCAAUGGCGACAUCCCUCGAUACAGCAACGUUCAACAGUGUCAUCAACAGUACGGCCGGCCAUACAGUGGUUGUCAGUACCGUUGCAAACAGUGCCAGUAAAAAAGACCAACCUCCUCCACCGUUGCCACCGCCACGCCCAUCGCAGCAUCGACACACGCGCAGCAGUAGUCUAGAUCUGAACAAGUUGAAGAUGAACAACGCCACCAAGCAGCAGAUAGAGGAUCAAAUGCGCAUGCCACCGCCGCCGGAAGUGCCACCGCGUGUUACGCCAACCGCUGAACAUCCUGCAGCACCCGGGUUCGCAGACUUUGCACACUUUCCAAAUGCGCCCUCUGCGGACGAAAGAAAGGUUUCCGCGGAAGGCAACGUUACAACCAUCCAUUUGGACGCCAGUGGCAAUAUGACUACGGCACCACCCCAGCAUACAACCCCUCGUGGCAGCCUGUCCAGCUCUUGGUUUAUUGUUAGUGGCCCGAGUGCUUUCGAAGUGUACCGCAAACCCCAGCAGCAGUCGCACUCUCGAGGAUCAGAAUCGCCUCCACAACCCCCGCCGUUGGUGGCAUCGCGAAGCGUCGAAUCUUCUUCGCUGGAUUACGAGAAACGUAUCUCGGCACUCAGCGACAACCUGCGGCAAGUGCGAUUCAAAAACAGCGAAGUGACCAACGGCCCUGAUGUUUUGAAGCACCUGAAGGAACAGAACCUUCUUCUGUUGAGGAUAUGCAGCGACCUCAGUGAGGAGCUACUACAGAUCCAACAGAAGCGCGAGGAUAUCCGGAUAAAGAUUGAACUGCAGGAACAGAAUCUUGGUGCCAGCAGUAUUGCCAACAGCGGUCAACAGCAGCAGACAGCGAAUGGCGGGGCUGCAUCUUCUGUGAAUCAUCUCACUUGAGAACAGCUUCAUCGUUAAUAGUUGUUGAUUAGGUACUAAGCCGAAAGUAUGAAAACUCAAAGUGGUGUAAUUAUAUCCAUUGAUCAUGCGCUGUGGUUCCCUACUUGAGAUACACACGACACACAAUGUUUGAUGCUCCCCUCUAAUGAUAAUAUCCUUCGCUUCGUAGAGAAUAAAAUCAAACGCGCGAUCCGUACAACUCGAAAACAGGAAACUUUUAAUCAUUGUUAGUAAAGACAAAUAAAACUAUUGUAGAGAAAGAUGGCAACAAGAUUUUUAAAAUCGACUAUCGUAACAAAACUGGGCUAAAAGUCGUUCACGUAGGGUAAGAUGAGAGAAAAUGAAGAACUACAAAGCUGGAUACGUGUCACAAUGUGCAUGUAACUGAACGGGGACUCAUAGACAAUGUGUUUUAUUGUGUGAAAAUAUUUGUUUUAUAUCUGAUUAUAUUUAAGACACGAAGAUAUAUACAUAUUAAAUUUUAUGAGUAUAUAUAUUAAAGCAUGUAUAAUCUGUUUCAAUGAAUCUUAUGAAACCUGUACGCUCGAUCCUACGCAUUUUGUCCGAUGUCAAAUAAUUGGUUGAUCUGUUUGUACACAAAAUAGGAUAUAAAAAUACAGAACAAUGCUUGUACCACUGGAAA